CCCCGCGUGGCAGAGUCAAAAGACUCGGAAGGGAGUUGGUUGGUUUUUGUUUCCUCCCCGCACCCGCAACAACGGAAACAACGGCCCCGUGGUAGCGAGGAGAUCAGGAAUUCAGGAGAGCAAAAGGGGAGAGAGAAUGAAUUGAAACGAAGGCCCGCGACGCGAGGAGCGAGGGAACUACCACCGGUGACCGGUCUCGGCGCCUCCGCGACGAUAGCCUCUCCGACCUCGAGCGCGGUCCGGUUCCUCCCUGCGUCAGCACGCGAGCCCUUGGAGCUUCGAGUCAGAUCCCGGCGGGCGCCCAUGGUGGCUCUGGUGCCGUUGAGCCGCGCGAUGUAGGGUUUUCGCGCGCCGCAGAGUAGGAGCGAUGGGGCGCCGGAAGAUGUCCGCGGCGGCACCGCCGUCUCGGAGCUGGUCCAACGUUGGCGGAAGCGUCAUCCCGGAACUUCGAGCUAAACACAAAACAGACUUGCAGAAUUUGACGCUGACCAAACAGCCACUCAGAACAUUGCAUUUUUUCCUGUUAGCCAUGUUACAAUACUUGAAAAGAUUAGCAACAUAUAUCCUGAGUAAGGGUGGUUUCUUCUUUCUCCUAAUUGUUUUAUUGGUAGCUUCUGGAAUCUUGCUCGUCGUUUCGGAUGGUCUGCAUAAGAAGCAUGUGCAGGAAUUCCUUAAUUAUGCUAAAUUUGUGUCGUGGUGGGUUUCAUUAGGUGUGGCUUCAUCAAUUGGACUAGGUUCUGGUUUGCAUACAUUUGUGCUGUAUCUGGGUCCUCAUAUUGCUCUGUUCACUAUUAAGGCUGUUCAAUGUGGUCGAAUUGAUCUAAAAAUUGCUCCAUAUGAUACCAUACAGCUAAAGGUUGGGCCAUCAUGGCUUGACAAGAAAUGUUCAGAAUUUGGACCACCUGUGUAUCCAGCAUCAGCUCAUUCAGUUAGGAUCCCAGUCUUCGACCUACUACCUCAGAUACAGCUGGAGGCAGUUCUUUGGGGAAUUGGGACUGCGCUUGCUCGCUUAUCAGGAAGCGAGUCAAAAGCUGUUCAGGAGCUUGAUGCAGCUACUUCCAAAGAAGAUGGGCCAGUAGCAUCAUCCCUUAAUCGAACCAAGCGUUGGCUUCUCUCUCACUCCCAACAUCUCAACUUCUUCUCUAUCUUGAUUCUUGCUUCGGUUCCAAAUCCACUCUUUGACCUUGCUGGUAUUAUGUGUGGGCAAUUUGGUGUGCCUUUCUGGGAGUUCUUGUUUGCUACUUUGAUUGGGAAAGCCAUCAUCAAGACUCAUAUUCAGACACUAUUUAUCGUGUCCCUGUGCAACAAUCAGCUCUUGUAUCUUAUUGAAAAGGAGUUAAUCUGGAUAUUUGGUCACGUUCCUGGGUUUUCUGCCACCCUUCCGUCUGUGAUUGCCAGACUCCAUGCUGCCAAGGACAAGUAUCUAUCACCACCAGCCCCAGUCUCACCGUCAUCACAAAUGGGGGAGAAACAGUGGAAUUUCUCUUUUACAUCUGUCUGGAACUCUAUAGUGUGGCUUGUGCUUUUGAACUUCUUCAUUAAGAUAGUCACGUCAACAGCACAGGAUUAUCUCAAAAAGCAGCAGGAUACGGAGAUGGAACUUAUUUCGGAUUCCCCGAUCCAGGACCAUUCUAAAACUAACUAGUGGCGCAGCUAGUGGUGUUUAUACACAGCUGCUAGCAGCAAAGAUUCUCCUCUGUAGCUUAAGCCCCUGCAGAUGAUUUCAAGUUCCAACAAUUAGUAUUAGUAGUUAUUCAUCUGCGCAGUGGACAAAAACAUGGACACAUGGUCUUGGUUAACUUGUCAGUUGACGACCUUUUGUCAUUGAGCCUGUACCUGUACUGGCAGCUCCUGUUGGAGUCAUUCUGUUUAUUUUCGGACAUCUACACGGAUAAACAGUAGGAAUUGUUUAUGGAGCACGGUUGGCUUUUUUUGAAGUGAAGAGCACGGUUGGCUUUGUGAGAUGUAUCAUUCAUACCUGUUCCUAUGUAUUCUGGGAACUUGAAAUGCAAUAGAAACCUGGGAGGAUUUAACAAGGAUA